CCCGAAGCCGCCUACAGGUUCGUGGUGCUUCUCUUCAACUGCCUCCUCACCUUUGGCUCCUACUUCUGCUUCGACAUCCCCAGCGUCCUGCAGGAGCAGUUCCAGGGGAACUUGACCUGCCCCAAUGGAACCCACGGGAACAGUACUGGGCAUAACAGCACACUCGGCUGCAUCGAAGGCUUGGGAAUGACACCUGCACAAUACAACUUGUUGUAUGCAAUCUAUGCUUGGACAAAUGCAGUAGUGGUUAUUCUGGCUGGAUUCCUGAUUGAUAAACUAGGAAAUCGAUUGGGUGUCUUUGUUUUCUCUCUUCUGACCGUGCUGGGAUCAUCAGUCUUUGCUUUAGGCGCACAUUUCAAGGGGUCGCCAUACCUCCUACCAAUGAUGCUAACAGGAAGACUGCUCUUCGGCUCUGGGAAUGGGUCACUUACUAUUGUGCAGAAUCGUAUCACAGCCUUCUGGUUCAAGGGGAAGGAACUGGCACUGGCAUUUGGACUGACUUUGUCUUUCUCACGACUUGGGAGUGUCCUCAACUUCUUCUUCACCCAGCAGUUUGAGUCAAGAUUUGGAAUACAGUGGACACUCUGGGGAGGUACCCUGCUCUGUGUGCUUGGUUUUGUUUCAGCCCUCACAGUCAGUGUACUAGAUAAAGUGGGCAUGAAGCAACUGGGCUUUUAGGAAUCCAAAAACGUGCGGAUUCAGGACAUCAAGCGACUUCACCUCUGCUACUGGCUCCUGGUCCUCACCAUCAUGUUCUUCUAUAAUGGGGUCUUUCCCUUUGUGGCAGACGCCAGCAAGUUUAUCCAGGAUAAAUACUCUGGUUACAGUCAGCAGGAGGCCGCUUAUAUUGCUGGGGCAGUGUAUGACAGCUCCCUUGUUCUCUCUGCAGCAGUUGGCAUAUUAAUUGACUAUAUUGGACUGAGAGGCGUCUUUGCUGUUGGCUGUGCUGCACUGACUCUGCCAGUCUUCGCUCUCCUGGCAUUUACGUUUGUGCCUCCGUUAGUUUCCACUGUCUGGUUGGGGAUUACUUACUCCUUCGCUGCUGCUAGUAUGUGGCCAUCCAUACCUCUUGUGGUCCCCCAAGCAACCUUAGGGACAGCAAUGGGGCUUGCGACUUCUGUGCAGAUGGUUGGAGUUGGCCUUUCGAAUCUGAUCGUGGGACACAUUCUAGGAACACAGUCCAGUGAAUUAAAGAUUCCCCUGUGGCGCUGGCAACAGGUGAUGAUCUUUAUGUUGGCAAACACCAUAGCAUGCAUUGCUGCCUCCAUUAGCCUUAAUGUUGUGGACAAGAGACAGGGUGGAACACUGAACAGAACAAGAAAGGGAGCAGGUGUGGAGCAGGACAGAGGCCCUGCAGAUGCAGCACCACUCUUUGGUGAUGGAGCAGGGGACGAGGGCUCUGUCAGCUGA